AUGAAGUUCGCUAUCAUCCCCCUGGCUUUGGCUACUGCUGCCUCCGCCGCUCCCAUUGUCGAGGAGAUCAAGCACGCUGUCGGCUGGACCAAGAAGGGAGGCAAGGGCAGCUGGGGCUCUUCUGGCCCCUUUCACUUCACCUCGACCUACGACGUGAUCGCCACACCUGACCAGGUCGUCGAUAACAAUAACACCUUCACUGGUGGACUGGCCGGAGCCAUUGGCUACUUCAACUACGGCAUCAACUCCAAGGAGAAUGUCAUCUGCUACAACAUCACCCUGGUCAACUUCCAGGGCGAGUACCAGUCCCCCGCCCGCACGGCAACCCACAUCCACCAGGCGGAGAAGGGCAAGGCUGGCCCCCCUCGCAUUGCCUUCCCUAACCCGGUCGCCGUCGAGGGAUACCAGAACGUCCGCCGCAGCGUCGGCUGCUUGACCGGCCCCUUCGUCACCGGUGUCAACGCCACCGGUGUCGACACCGGCUCAGGCUUCAAGGUCAGCCAGAUUGAGGAGAACCCCGAGGGAUUCUUCACCGAUGUUCACUCAAGCCUUGCCGUACCUGGUGCUGUCCGCGGCCAGCUUGGCGACGACUACAAGAAGGACUGCCCCGAGGACAAGAACUAA